AUGGUUGUUUUGGCAGUAUAUGUAGAUGACAUAAUUCUAACAGGUAAUGAUGUGUCAGCAAUUUCUGAUUUAAAGUCCUAUCUCGAUGAACAAUUUAAGAUAAAGGAUUUGGGCAUUUUACACUAUUUUUUGGGCAUAGAGGUAUCUCCUACUCCUGAUGGAUUGUUAUUAAAUCAAAGAAAGUUUAUUUUAGAUCUCUUGGCUGAAUAUAAAUGUUAUGAGGUAUCUCCAGUGGUCUCUCCUCUUGACCUUACUUUGAAAUUACAAGCUGCUGAUGGUGAGUUGCUUCCCAAUCCAGAGCUGUACCGGAGCCUUGUUGGCAAGUUCAAUUUUUUAACUCAUACCAGGCCUGACUUGAGCUUUGCUGUCCAGCAUCUCAGUCAGUUUCUCCAAUCUCCCAGAGUUCCUCAUUAUUCUGCUGCUUUACAUGUGCUGCGUUUUCUCAAAGGAACAUCUGAUUAUGGUAUUUUUUUUAAUAAUUCUUCAGACUUUGCUUUACAUGGGUAUUGUGACAGUGAUUGGGCUGCUUGCCCCGAUUCUCGCAAGUCGGUGACUGGUUUCUUUGUGUUAUUUGGUGGGAUUCCUGUUUCAUGGAAGUCUAAGAAACAACCUGUUGUUUCUCUUAGUAGUGCUGAAGCUGAAUACCGUGCGUUGAGUAAGCUCGUUGCAGAAAUAACUUGGAUGACUCGCCUAUUGGAAGACUUGGGUGUUGCUGGUAUGACUCCUGUUUCUGUAUUCUGCGACAACCAAUCCGCUCUCCAUAUCGCUCGUAAUCCUGUCUUUCACGAGCGUACAAAGCACAUCGAGGUUGAUUGUCAUUUCGUCAGGGGCAAAUUAUCAGAAGGUCUCAUUACUUUGUUCCCUGUUAGCAGCACCAGUCAGUUGGCUAAUAUCUUGACCAAGCCCCUCACCGGGUUGGCGCAUCAUGGAUUUCUCCCCAAGUUGAAGAUUCUCCCUUCUCUCACUAGCAACUAA